AUGGAGGCCGCUCGACAGAUUGAUCGUCAGCUGGAGAAAAUUGAAUCGUCACUUCAAGAAAACCGCGAAAUCUUGAAACAAAUACGUGCCAAUAUUCAUGAAGCCGAGUUGGGGCGUUUGGAUACAAAAAUUAAUUCUUCAGUUGACGGAGAUGCUUCCAAAUACUACGACUCAAUUCGCUUAAAGGACAAUCUUUUUUAUUCAAAGCACAGUCUGCCAAACUGUGUCAAUCCAUCCUCAUUAACAUCAGGUGAUGUGAACAUGGCACGAGUUUAUGAAGAGCUUCCUUUUGACGAUCCAGACGGUGGCGUCUGGAAGCAAGGCUGGGAGGUGAAAGCACCACCGGAAGAGUUUGCCGUUGAAAAGCAAGCAAAGUUAAAAGUUUUUGUCGUGCCACACUCUCACAACGAUCCUGGCUGGAUCAAAACAUUUGAUGCUUACUUUAGAGAGCAGACCAAGGCCAUACUGACUAAUGCUGUAGAACAAAUGUCGAAAAAUAAAGAAAUGAGGUUUAUCUGGGCUGAAACUAGUUACCUAUCUGCUUGGUGGGAAACGGCGCCGACAGAGCAACAUCGCGAUCUGAUGCGCCAACUAAUAAAAGAAGGCCGUUUUGAGAUUGUCACUGGUGGCUGGGUUAUGAACGAUGAAGCAAACACUCAGUACUUUUCAAUGAUUUCUCAAAUGAUUGAGGGACACGAGUGGUUACAGGACACAUUCAAAGUCACACCUAAGCAUGGCUGGGCAAUUGAUCCGUUUGGAAUGUCACCGACCAUGGC